AUGGCGGAAAAAUCCAGUGAACAGAUGUUUGAUCCAUAUGCGGCCCGUGAAGUGGAAAAACCCUUAUCCAAUUGCGAUGCUCUAUUGUCGCUGGUAAAGUGUGUGGUCGGAUCCGGUUGUUUGGCCCUGCCCCUCGCCUUCUACCGUGUUGGCUACAUAGGAGGUAUCCUCAUGACGAUAUUUAUGACAGCCGUAUUAAUUUUUGGCUUGCAACUACUGAUAACUUGCAUGGUAGAAUCUAGUCGACAAAAUAAGGUCGCUUAUAUGAACUUUCCUGAGACAAUGACAUAUGCAAUUUCUGUGGGGCCAAAGUGCAGCCAAUGUUUGUCAAAAUGUGCUGGACAUUUUGUGAAUGGUAUUCUGAUAUUUUUCCACUACGGUGUGUGCGUGGUUUAUAUCGUGUUUGUCAGCAUAAAUGUGAAGCAAGUGGUUGAUUAUAAUUGCCACGAACGUAUAAAUACCAGGCUUUACUGUUUCAUAGUAGGAACACUAUCAUUACCUCUAUUUUCAUUGCGGCAUCUCAAGUAUUUGGUGCCCACAAAUAUAUUAGCUAAUCUUUUGAUGUACACUGGUCUCGCAUGUAUCUUUUACUAUUUGUUUACCGAGUUACCACCUAUUGCGGAGAUUAGACGAUUCAAUACACAACUGUCUUUGUUUGUUGGCAUUAUAAUGUUUGGCACUUCUUCCAUUGGUGUGAUGCUUGCCAUUGAAUCCCAAAUGGCCAAGCCAGGUGCCUAUGUGGGCUGGUUUGGUGUUCUGAACCGUUGUGCUUUGUUUGUGGCUGUCACGUAUAUCUUAAUUGGAUUCAUGGGCUAUUGGAGAUAUGGUAAUUUUGUGGCUGCCAGUGUUACUUUAAAUAUGCCCAUUGAUGAAGCCUGCAUUGAUCUCUGCCUCUUGUAUCGCUUCUCAUAUGGCCCUGGCAGAUGGAAGCUGGUUAGAGACUUAUUAAUGCUUUUACUUGGCUUGGUUAUUCUUGGAUACGGAACAUAUUCGGCUGUCAUAGAAAUGAUCCGCGAGUAUAGUGAUCGUGCUCAUGAGGUUACUGCUGGUAGUAGCACCGAGAUCAAAACUCCCGAUGAAAUUAAUGCACAAUUAGACGCAGCUACUCUGGAUGUUCCAAUUGUUGAUGAUGUAACUGCCGCUGGAAAAUCUCUAUUUCUUCAAAAAUUUUACCUGUGACUUUGGAUAAUUUGUUAAUCUUAUUUUAAUAAGAAAUAAUAUCAAACUUA